AUGCAGUCUGUGUCUCACGGCUCCCUUGAAGAGCCAUUCCUUCAGGAGGAAAACACAAAGCCACCUUCAAAGCCUCCAAAGAUGUCCCGUGCCGACUGGCCCACAUCACCAAGCACACUCAAAGAUUCGUCUCCAUCUACUUUUAUGCGUCUGCUACCCAGUAUACUCCUCUUGUUGAUUCCACUGGGCUUCUAUGCGUUAGGCGUAUUUAUUCUCAGGCUAAACGGGCAACCCGAAAAUCCUGAAUACGAUGUGGGCGAUAGAGUGAUACAGGCAAUAAAGGUUGCUUCGACAUUAUGGCCUAUUCUUUUCGCCGCCGUAGUGGGCGCCAUGCUCAAAGCUGCUGCGUUGUACUAUGCCGAAAGGGGAACCAUGCUCGGGACUCUCGAAAUCCUUACUACCAGCCAAACUUUAGUCAGCACAUUUCGUGGAUGCUUCAGCCACCGCAUCUUCGGCAUUUGGACGGCUGUUCUCGUCGUAAUAUGGAGUCUGAGCCCCGCCGGUGGACAAGCAGUACUUCGAUCCGUGGAGCCUGAAGUGCAUAAACAGCAUCGCGACUAUCCUUUGUCGUAUUACCCGUCCGGGAGUCUCUUUGAUAACAUGGCAGCUUCGCCAUUCGUGGGGGCUUCGGGAUCGACGUGGGCCAAAGGCAAAUUGCACCGAGCAGUCGAUGCCGCCAUCUCCUCUCUCGAUGCUACGGUCUUGUUUUCCAAAGGCACGAGUCCAGGGUUCGACGCCGCAGUCCAAAGGUUAGGAGGGGAAGAGCAAGCUGCCCAAUCUGCACAGAGUGACCCUUGGGGAAAUGUUCGGAUCCCGUUUCUCCAUCUGCUGCCCGGAUACAACGAGGAAGACAGGGGCGCGUGGAUUGAUGUUUCGCAAACUGAAAUAGCUCCAUACUCGUCCCUGAUCGGCCAUACGAUUCGCGGCGUACCACAGUCCUCUGUCGGCAACAUCAGCCUAUCUUUACAAACAGUCUAUCAGACCCUAUCUGCAAGUCCCCAGAACCCGUUGAUGACCCAAGUGAGCCUUUUGGUUAAUACCUCUUCUCAGUGUUCCCCUUGGUUCAACGGCUCGCAAUGGCUCCAGCAAAACCCAGGCAAACUCACCAUGCACAAAAGCACCAACACGUCAAUCUUCACAGAAAACCCACUAGCCGGCGACUACGCCAACAUAUUCUUCGACAUCCUCCAGCAAGCGAACCACUCGGAGCCCACCCCCUUCAGCAUCCCCACCAACCCCGUCGACAAAGCCAUCCUCGUCUUCGGCACGCGCGGCAGCACCGCCACAAACAUGUACUCCCAAAUCCGGAUGACGCACUGCCCCGUAUCAGCCACAUACGUCGAAACCGAAGUCCUCUGCACGCGCAGCACCCGCGGCGGCGCGCUUCCCUGCUCCGCGACGCGCAUGCGCGCCACGCCCUUGCACACGGCGGCGUCCAACUGGUCGUCGCUGAGCCUGCGGGCCUCCUUCACGGGCAACUACCUGAUGUACAUCCCGGACACGAUCCAGUCGGCGCACCCGGUGACGCCGACGGGGCUGGAGUCGUACCUGCAGGACCCGCCGACGUCGUUCCAGGACGACGGCUUCGACGUGGCCGACUACGACGGCGUCCCGCUGCCCGUCUUCGAGGCCCGCCUCGCCCUCGUCGUCAACACCUUCUACCACGCCUCGCUCAACGCGAGCAACUUCCUCGGCGCCGACGGCGUCGCCCGCUACGUCGUCGAGCCGUGGUACUAUGCGAACCAGUACGGCAACGCGUCCGGCACGUGGGAAGAGUACACGGCCCCGCGGUACGAGGUGAAGCCGGCGUGGUUUGCGCUGUACCUUGCCGCGACGACGGUGCUGGCCGUGUGUGCGGUCGCGACGGUGGUUGUUGCGGCCGUGACGAGGGCGCCGGAUGUGUUGGGCGGGGUGUCGGGGUUGACGAGGGAUGCGGCGUACGUGACGGGCGCGCCGGCUGGGGGGAGCGGGGUGGCGGCGGCGGAGAGGGCGAGGGCGCUGCGGGGGGUUUGGGUGAGGAUCCAGGACGUCAAGCCGGAGGAGGAGGUGGGGCGGAUUGCGUUUAGUGAUCAGAAGGACUUUGCGGGGGCGGCUGGCGGGUUGCGGUGGGAGAGGAGGUACGAGUGA